AUUUAUCAUUGUUAUGUAAACGAGUGGACGGGAUGUCCGUGUCUUGUCUCGCACGUGCAGCUACUAGUGCACGUGGGACAGGUAUGCUUGGGACAGUAGCGACACGUACAGGUGUCUGUGUUCGCCUAGCUGUCGAUCAGUCCGGACGUACUUGUUAUCGCUGAUAUGACCGAGUUAAAUACCGAGGGGGAUAGUAUUGGUCCUACGGAUAGUGUUCCGGCCCCAAAACCAGUUAGUUCUAAUAACGACGCCUUCCAGGCUUUGGACUUAUUUACUACCUACCUUGACGCAAAAUUGAAAGGUCUACGGGACGAUAUAAGGGAGGAACAUGACUUGUCCGCUAACUCCUUCAAACGUUUGAAAAAAGAAAGAGAAGUGAAAUUUAAAUUCAAUGGAAAUAAAAAACAGUUUGAUUUCAAUUCCGAAGUCCUUGAAGAAGUAGAAUUGGCUGAGAAAGCUGUGGUGAAGGGUGAUUCCUCCUCAACUAGGGACAGUUUACGUAACAUCCGUACUCUGCUUGAGAAACGUAAUAAGCUGAUACGUAUUGCAGACAAGUCAGUGUGUGGCUGGGAUACCGUGAAUGAGUCCCAAAACUGUCGGAUUCAGCCGGAAAAUGAAGUUAAGUACUCUGAUGAUACUUUUGAAAUUGGUGUCUUUGAGGAAAAUUAUGAAAUAUCUGAAAAACAUUUUAACGAUACUGGGGUCAAAGGCCGAUUGAAAAGGUGUGUUGAUUUUUGGAGAAAUACUAUAGAAGCCAACGAUUAUAUUUUGAAUGUUCUGUCGGAGGGUUAUUUGAUUCCAUUUAUAUCUACUCCGCCUAACAAAUUUAAUUUUAAUAAUAAAUCUGCAUUUAAACAUUCAGAAUUCGUAUCUAAAGCUAUUCUAGAGCUUUUAGAAGUAGGAAGCGUUGUUGAAAUGAAUACCAUUCCCUUUGUAGUGAAUCCAUUAUCAGUUUCGGUUGGUUCUACUGGCAAAAAACGUCUAAUUUUAGAUUUACGAGAAGUUAAUUUACAUGUGUGGAAGGAAAAAGUUUAAGUUUGACCUAAAAUCAGGGUAUCAUCAUAUUGACAUUCAUCCUUCUCACCACAAAUUCUUAGGAUUUUCUUGGUGUUUGAACGGUAGAGUUAGAUACUUCUGUUUUACGGUGCUACCUUUUGGACUUUCAUCAGCCCCUUAUAUUUUCACGAAGGUUAUUAGGCCCCUUGUCAAGUUUUGGAGGAGGAAUGGGAUUUGUAUAGUGGUGUAUAAUGAGCGCCACGUGGUUUUAUUUACAUGUUAUGCGAGUGCGCAUUCAGCUUACGGACUUCGAUUGGCUGAUGUAAUACACGCCCACUUACUCACACAUGCGUGAGACUGAGUUGUAAAUAUGUUAAGUCAUGCGUACAUUUCAAUGUCACGUGUGUUUUAGUGCAAUUCAUUGUUAUUACUUGACUGAGACCGACUUGAGGUUUUCGUAGCAUUACAUUUGUAUAUAAGGCCACUUGGCCUAAUUGUAUAUCGCCACUUGGCUAAAAGAGAUGUUUUGACAUCAUGUAAGUUUUCGCAACAUUAUAUAAGGCCACUUGACCUAAUUGUAUAUUGCCACUUGGCAAAACAGAUGUUUUUGGUAUCAUUUACAUGUAUAAUAGAGACCACGUGGUCUAUACGUAAGCUACAUCAUGUACCGAAUGUCAUUGUAAAGGUCACUUGGCCUAUGGUGUACAGAUGUUUAUAUAGCGACAUUGUACGUAUUCCGGCAUCAGUAUUAUUGAAAACAUUUCAUCUAGAUAUAUAUAUGUCUAUUGUUGUACCUGUUAAUAUAGUCAUUUUUCUCUUUCUGUUUGAACAUUCAAAUGAUAUUUUAAAUGCAUUUUCUCUAUCGAGUUUUUGUUUGUACUG